GUCUGUCUCUCCUCUCUUUCCUUUUUUUUUCCUUGUUUUGAUUUACAAAUGAAUUCUGCCAAGUGGCCACAUUACCUUUAUACAGCGUCUUUAUUCCUUCUUAUUUCUCUAAGUGCGCUAUGUAUUGCCAUCUCUGCAGCUGAUGUCAUUAUACAAGCUCUAACAGACAGAACGUCAACAGGAAAUCUCGACUUUCGCAACUUGGCAGUUGUCGCAGGAAGCUAUGUGUUGUUGGCGCUUAUAUCUGUAGUUUGUUUAUGCAGUCGAAUGAUAUCUGUGAGACGAUCAAUGCAAAAUAUACCCAAGUUACAUAUUCCAAUCAAGAAACAGAAUCUACCAAAAAAAAAAACAUUAACAUAGUGAUGUUCUUUUGUUAGAAAGUCUAUUCUCAAAUUUGGCAUGAAUUCGGACAAACAAGAGCGAUCAGAGACCAAGCAAAGCCGAGACCUGAAGACAUACAGGCCGUUGGAUGGGCCAAGCCAGGCACACCUCUGUUUGAAGGACUCGAUUUUAAGCAAGCAAUAGCAAGAACACCUGCGAUUGUUG